AUGUCGUCCCGCCAGGUGCUCGUCCUGGCCAUGGUCGCUGCGCUCCUCAGCGUCGCGAUGGCCGCACGCACGGCUGUCUUCCUCGAUGAGGCCGAGACGCCCGAGACGAAUGAAGCCUCGGCCUUCCUGUCGCAGCUCUCGGCCCGCGGCCACGAGCUGAGCUACUUUAACGAGAAGAGUGCUGGCUUUGCGCUCAAAAACGGCGGCAACGUCAUCGUCGGUGGCAGCAUCCGCCUCUCCAAGAUGCUGCGUCAGUUUGCGCUCGAGUCGGGCGUCGAGUUUGAGAAGAAGGGUACGAUCGUCAUGGACCACGUCCAUCACCUUGCGGACCCGGCGGACACGUACCACUCGCUCAUCGCGACGACCAAGUGGAUUGACUCGAGCAUUGUCGUCAGCGACACCGUCCUCAAGGCGAAGAAGCCGAUUGUCUACAAUGGCAUUGGCAUGACGCUCGAACCCUCCAACAUCCUCGGCUUUACGGUCUUGUCGGCCGAGCCGACUGCGUACUCGGCCGCGCCCACCAAGGAGAUCCGCGAGUCGCACGAAGUGGUCAUUGGCUCCAACGUCGGCCUCGUCACGGCCAUCCAAGCCCGCAACAAUGCGCGGUUAAUCUUUACCGGGUCGCUCGACGUCUUUAGCAACGCGUACGUGACCUCGGACAAGUACGGCAACGGCGCCUUUGUCGCCGCCGUGAGCGCUUGGGGCCUCGGCGAGCGCGGUGUCUUGCGCGUCUCGAACGUCCACCACGCGCGCGAAGACGGGUCGCUCCCGGACAAGAUGCUCAACGAAGUCGAGCGCCCGGACCAGCCGCUGACGCUGUACCCGGACGCCGAGGUCGCUCGCGACUCGCUCGUGUACCGCAUCAAGGACAACUUGACGUACUCGUUUGACGUGGCCGAGCUCAAGCACGGCGCGUGGGCGCCGUUCGCGGCCGACGACGUCCAGCUCGAGUUUGUCAUGCUCGACCCGCACGUGCGCAAGACGAUGACGCACAACGGCAACGGCCGCUUCAGCGUCACGUUUACCGCGCCGGACGUCUAUGGCAUCUUCCAGUUCCGCGUCAUGUACCGCCGGAUCGGGUUCUCGACGCUGCACUUUACGACCCAAGUGUCGCUGCGUCCGUACAAGCACGACGAGUACGAGCGCUUCAUCCCCGCGGCCUUUCCCUACUACGCGUCUGCGUUCUCGAUGAUGGCCGGCGUCCUCGUCUUUAGCGUCGUGUUUUUGUAUGGCAGCGACAAGUAG